GUCAUUUACAAAACCCACCCCAGAGACGAGACUCCAUUGCCGACUUCACUCCCCAGUCGGCCGAUGAGAUCUCCACAAGAAAUAAUGGUAACCGGAGCUGCAGUUUCUCAAUGGUAACUGGAGCUGCAAGAGGAGUGGCUUACAUUGGAUUACAAGGGAACCCCCACGUCGGGUGGAACAAGAUCUCCAACGUCUACGACAAAUUCUGUCAACAAGUCAGAGCCUCCGUUGCUUGUCGCCUCCAUUGUGCUUGUGCUUCUUGUCAUGCUGGAGGACCCAAAAAAAAUAUCCGUCGGGGAUCGGGGCGAGUUUUUGAGAGGGUAUAAAUCCAAGAGAUAAAUUGCCAGAACAUGCUAGCUUUGCGCCUUGUUCGCAAAUUCGGUACCCACGCCAUAGCUGCUGCUGCCAAUACACUCCCGACUCCCUUUGCGAAGUCCGUUCCUAAACAAACGGCCAUAGGAGGUUUAGAGGAGCCUGCACUUGUUAAGCUUAAGGCCGAGAGAGACCCCGAGAAGCUGUUCCAUCUAUUCAAGGCCAAUUCCCGCAACAGACUUGUUAUUGAAAACCGGUUCGCGUUUGAGGAUACUGUGUCCCGGUUAGCUGGGGCGGGAAGGUUGGAUUACGUAGAGGACCUACUUGAGCACCAGAAGGCUCUCCCACAGGGCCGUCGUGAAGGCUUUGUCGUUCGGAUUAUAAUGUUGUAUGGAAAAGCUGGAAUGGUUAGUCAUGCUGUUGAUACUUUUAAUAAUAUGCAUUCCUAUGGUUGUCGUAGGACUGUUAAGUCUUUCAAUGCUGCACUGAAGGUUUUGACACAAACUCGCGAUUUAACUGCAGUUGAGUCGUUUCUCACGGAGGUUCCGUGGAAGUAUGGUAUUCAGAUUGAUAUUCUUUCUGUUAAUAUUGUUAUUAAAGCAUUUUGUGAAAUGGGUAUCUUGGAGAAAGCUUAUUUAGUCAUGGUAGAGAUGGAAAAAAUUGGAAUAAGACCUGAUGUUUAUACUUACACGACACUUUUAUCGACAUUUUAUAAGAAUAAUCAGCCAGAGGUUGGCAAUGGGUUGUGGAAUCUUAUGUUGCUUAAGGAUUGUUUGCCCAACCUUGCAACCUUCAAUGUUAGGAUUCAGUUUCUGGUGAACAAAGGAAGAGCUUGGGACGCUAACAGUCUGAUGGGUGUGAUGUGGCAUAUUAGGAUACCUCCUGAUCUGGUGACUUAUAAUUUGGUGAUCAAAGGCUUUUGCCGAGCUGGUUAUAUGGAAAUGGCGAAAAGGGUUUAUUCUGCUUUACUUAACAAUGGACAUAAGCCGAAUCUGAAAAUUUAUCAGACUAUGAUCCAUUAUCUGUGUGAAGGAGGGGACUUUGAUUUGGCAUAUACAAUGUGUAAAGACAGCAUGAGUAGGAAUUGGUUUCCGAACGUGGAUACCAUCUGUAGGUUAUUUGAAGGCUUGCGGAUGACUGGGGAGCUUGGGAAGGCUAGCUAUAUCAUGAAGUUGGCUAAAAAACGGGUGCCCCCUUUGACUGCAGACCAAUUACAUGCCUCGCAGUCUAUACUUCAGAGAAGGUGAAUUACAAAUGAUAUAGUGGAAGACAAGGAUUUUAUGGAUCUAAGACCAGGCAGCUCACUUGGAGUUGGAGCUGGUGUUCAUCUUACUCUUUUCAUCUGGAGAUAGAUUUGGGAAACUCUGAGCAUGUGCAAUAUGUUGAUGGAGAACUAUUUCAGAGGAAGAUGUAAUGUUUUGCUCCAAUAUAUUCAAUGUGCUGUAUUAUAGUUCCGUUGUCGAGAAGGCUAAAUGAACCUUAGUCGAGAAGGCUCUUAGAAUUGGAUGAAAGAAGAUCACGUGAAGGUUCCAUGAAUGACAAUGUUGACUAGGUGAGUUGGCUUUAGGCCAAUAGAUGGGAUUAUAUAUUACAUUACGUCUCAAUUGCUAGUUCCUUUUGGAGGAGGUUAUAUUCUUUCUUCUUCAGAGUUGAAGUAUGCAAUUGUAUACUCUGCCAUGGUGAUGCGGGUCUAGCGAGUCUCAAUCCCUCAUUUUGCUGAUGGACCCCCUCGUUGUUGGCCAAGGGAAAGAACAAUGAACCUGACAAUGCUUUUGGCAAUUGUAUUCACUUCACUGUCCUCUUUUGUUGGAAUUUGCUAUUUUCUUUUUCUUAAGAGGGAACUUUAUCCUUCUCUGCUGUUGUUUCGAGCGGAAAUUAAAGAAUGCUAUCCCCUACGAAGGAGAUAUGGCAGUACCAGAUGUUGUCCAGUUUAUUAUCAAUGAUGGAAGUAAUCCUCCUACCAUUGUCAAGGAGGAAGGUGAGACUUUGUCCUCUCUUUCCUUUUCAAGUUGACUUUUCUUGAGCGUAAACUAGCUCAGAUACCUGAGUUUUUCCACCGAAAAGAAGCAGCAACAAAGCUAGUGUGUGUGCCCCACAACUGUACAGUACACACUAUUGUUGCUUAUAAUGCUAUAGUUUGUACAUGUACAAAUCACACCUAUAAUCAUGGGAUCGAUAUUAAUACGAGAGUUUACGAUACAAGCA